CCUUGACCUUAUAUGUUGAACACAUCCGCCUUAGCAGGUGAAUUAUCAACAAUUUCUUUUUCUAUAAUCCUAUAUUUUGAGAUAAAUAAAAAAGAGCAGAAGACCUCAUUAUUUUUGUUGUUUUAAGACUUUUUUAAAAUAAUAUUUUAAUGAAAUUUCUAGAUUUAAAUUUGACUUUAAAUUUUAUAUGUUCAGGACUCUGUUCACUUUCUUUUACUUUUACUCAAUUACUAGUUUUAUUUGGACUUAAAAAUUUUAAUUCUUUAACUUAAUUAAAUUACGAAUUAUCAUUGUCAAUUUCCUUGCCUUGAGGCUUGAGAAAAGUUCAAUUUGUAUUGUUUUCAUGAAUGAAAUUGCAAUUUAACUCAUAAUCGUACAGUAGUAGUAGUAGUACGAAUUGAGUUUGAAGUUGAAGUAACUGAUCUGAAAAUGAACAAAACAAAAAUAACAUGGUAGUGACAAUGACAAAGGCUUAGUGAUAACACUAGUGUUAGUAAUAAGUUUGUACCAUAAGUUUAAUGAGUAUUAGGUAAUCCCUUAUUUUAGUGCAAGAAAUUAAAAGCUUUCUAUUUGAAAGUGUCUAUUGGUAGUUUACCACCAAUACCAAUAGGAUAGCCAUAGCUUCUAGUUAGGGCUGGGAACUAUUUGUAGUAAUCUACCAAUAGGUUCUAGAGAGCUAUUGGUAGUCCAGCCAAUCAAAUCAAACCAAAAUCAGAGCUUUAAAACUCCGCUAUCAAUGACGCUGGCCAAAUAUUGCCUUGUUCAUUUAUUACUAAUUCAUACUAGUGACAAUACCUUGGCCGGCACUAAUUAUAAAGUCUACAGUACUGUUUUAACACUGUCUGCUGUAGCCUUCCUUAUGCUCAGAUUUGGCUAUAUAAUUAUAAUUUAUAAUAUAGACCUAAUAUAGAUAGAUGUAUCAUACUGGGGUGAGGGGAUCAUAGUCUGAAAAAAUGUUACCCAGCUUCUUCUUAGCCAAGGCAAAAGUAUAUCUUUAGCCAUAGCGUGGUACCACGCUGUACAUACAAUUUAAAAAAACAUAAUUAUGAACUUAAAAAAUUAAUUGACAUAGGCUACAUUAAUUAAAUAAAACAAAACAAAUUUAUAUUUAGAACUAUUAACAUGUAAAGCAAUGGAUGACACUCAGCAGGAUCGUUUUUUGGUCAAACGGGGGAAUCAGAGGAUAGUAGAGUUUAAAAAGAUGUUUUUUGAGUGCAGUUUUGAAGGCUGUGCAGUAAAAAUAAAAUCCAACAUAGGCUUCAUACUUUAGAGUGAUUUCAGGGAUGUGACUACCAAUAUUAUUAGACUUAGUCAAUAUUGCAAUAAUCAAUCUAUAACUGUCACCAAUUGAUAGUUUUUUUAUAGUAAAAUACCAAUAGCCACCUAGAAGCUACUGGUAGUGGAGUACCAAUAGCUCCCUAGAAGCUAUUGGUAGUUUACUACAAAUAGCCACAGCCUUCUAUUUAUCUGUUACUGUUGGAAAUGCAUUAUAACACUGCAAAAGUUCAAGCAUAUUAUUAGACAAAUAAUUAUGUCACAAUACGUCUAAUUGAACUAAUUGAAAUUGUCAAUAAUAAAAUAAUGUCAAUCUUUAUUUUUCAGGCGUCAAGAAUAAUGAAAAAGGAAUUAGGCCCCAAAGAACUACAUCAGUGGUUAUUUAAUAUUAACCACUAGUAUCAAAAGAGAGAAUGAGUUGGUUUAAGCGUGGGAUUGAUAGAAAAUCCCCCGAAGGAUCAGCAUCAUCACGGGCUGAAACAGAUCCCAAUACUUGCUUAGAGGUUUUUCAAAAUCACUGGAAACAGGUAGGCUUUAAGAAAUUGCUACUGUUCUGCUUACCAUUGUUAUUAUUGAGGUUAGGUUGUUUAAAAGUUUAUUGUUUUCAGGAAUGAUUGAGGAAACGCGCAAUGAGUUUGCAGAACACAACAGAACACAACAAAUAUAAUAUUUCAAAAUGAGACGAUAUUGCAGGCAUGUCCCUCUGAUCAUUUUGGAAAAUGGAUAUUGAUUUUUCUGAUAUCUUUUGGAUUUUAUUUUUGGUUGAACCUGUAAUAAAGUGUGUAAUAGUGUAUUCGAUGAAACUGUAAGUUGGAUUUGCAUUACUUUAAAUAUUUUAAAAUUAUUUAAAUCUUUUUAUUCAGAUUUAUGAUUUUCUCACUCUCGCUACAGUGUGUAACUGUAGUACAAGAACACAGGGUUUUAAGGUUCAUGUUAGGUCAUAGAUUUUAGGUUAGAAGAUUUAAAAUUUACAUUUGAGUCAAAUGGGACUAAAUUUAGGUUUCAUGAUUUCUGCUUGAGUUAGGGAAAGUGAUUUUUGGGCUCUGGACAUUUAGCAUUCAUGUUAGGUCGAGUUGUAGAUUUUGGGUUUGAAAGUUUUUCUCUUAAAAAAAUAUUGCAUUACAUUUGAAUUUUUUUUAAAAUUUUAUUUUAAAUUUUUUCUUUUAAAAUUUGUUGCUUUUUCACUUUUUCCAAUUAAUUAUUAAAUUUUAAUGUUCUUUACUAAUAUAAUUUUCAUGCAAUGGAAACUUUAAAAAUAUAUAUAUUUUAAAAAAUGAUGUUUGUAGAAGAAUAAUCCAUUCCCAAAAACUCCUUAUUUUAAUUUGACUUGUUAAGUAGCUAAAAUAACACAUACUUUCUCUUUACCCUUCCCAUUGUAGCAGAUGCAGAUGUGUUUUCAAUACUUUUUUUUUCAUAUGACCGCCGUCAAAUGUAAAUUUACGGAUUUUGAUUUUUUUAAAGUUGGGGGAGGGUUUUCGACCUCCCCAGAAAUUAUUUUAUGUCUUAUUUUUGUUUAGAAAGUGCGGGGAGGGGUUUCCCUUCAAGAAAAUAAUGUUUUGUGAAAUUGCGACAGGAUAAGAAUGAAUAGCAUACUUGGUUUUUCAACCAAUCGAAAGACAGAACUUAAACAAUGCUCAUGUCUUUUUUCCAGUGUUCAAUUUGGGGUAUAGGAUGAGUUUUUUUUUUAAAUUUCUUUUGAACCUUGUAAGUUAAGUUUUAAUAAAAAUGAAAAGAAAAUUACAUUUUUAUUUCUUUUUACAUUAACUGUAUCGAAUGUCAGAUUACAAGUAAGAUGGGAAUAAUAGUGAAAAACGGAAUAGCUAUCAUACUCAUUGUGCAGGUCCAAAUGUCUGUCCUUUCACCCUAAGUCCAGUUUUGGGAUUCCCCAAAUGACAUCACUGCAUUCAGGGUGAGACAACUCUUGGCGAAACCCAUGCCUCUAACUUCACCUUUGCCUAAAAUGAGAUCUAAACCAGCUAAGAUGCAAAUUGAAUAGCUCUUUCACCCUUUUUUGUUUUUAAGAUAAAUACAUUUUAAUGACAGGCAGAAACCAUCACAUAUUUGUUUUUCUCUUCUGUAUUGAAAUUGAAAUAAUAUAAAAUGAUAAGGUGCAAUUUAAACUAUUAAAGCAAAUGUUGAACUGUGUUUUUAAUAAAUGAACAAAUAAUUAGAUUUUAGAGUUAAAUGACUAAAAAUACAUCAAAUGUCUUUAAUAAUUAAAAAUAUGCGUCUUUCCAAAAUUCUUUUGUACUUUCACAUUUUGUUAAAGGCCUGCAUUGUCAUCGGAUGCCAAGACAAAAAAGCAACAUUAUCAAAUGGUCAGGCUACAGCAGAUGGUGUUGAGACUGUACUGAGCAAUUUGGAGCAUAUGGUCACCCUCUUGGUUAAUGAAGAUGAUGAUGGUGGGCUACCAGGUAUUUUUAUCCAAUGCAAUUAUUAGCUACUGUUUCAAAAAAUUGAUUGCUCUUUAAAAUACUUUCACUGUAGAAAGAUGUCAAAACUUAUGACAAUUGGCUAUUUGGGCAUUGAGAUAUAGCAGUAGGAAUUAUUGAGGGAAAGAAAUUCCAUUCUUUUAUGCUGAUUGAUUCAUUCUUUUGUCAGCUUCCUGGUUAUAUAAAUAACAUAUAUACUUUAAAAAACUGAAUGAUAAGCUAUUUAAAGUUUUUGAAGCAGAUGUCAAAUUACCAGAGUUUUUAAAAGAUGUACUAUAAUGUUAAUAAUUAAUUUGAAGAAUAGAAAUAAAUAAUAAUUUUUCAAAACUAGCUACUAUAUUUCUAAAGCUAAAGACAAAUUCUGUGGUAAUGAUAUGUUCUAUUGAAAAUAUAAUUGCUUUUAUUAUUUUUUAAAAUUUAAGUUCCUUUUAAAUUUUUUUUAAAAAUUCAAAAGGUUUUUGGUGAAGCAGUUUUGUAAAAACGUAUCAGUCACUGAUUUUAUUUUAAUUUCAUGGGCUCAUUAUAUUGCAAACAUUGAACUAGAUAGAAACUAUAUCUUAAUAUCAUACCCUCAGAAAUGUUAUUGUGUCAUGUUUACAUUCCAGGACCUAUCCUCCAAUGUGUGCUAGAAUCUGAUUUAUUGGAGAACUUCUGUGCUUGGUGCACCAUAAAUGUUCCUGUCCAUGAACGCCUCCGGCUGCAGCAAUUAAAAUUGUUUGAGCUGAUCAUAAGCCAGUCUAAACAGUUGCUUCUAGUUCACAAGCCAGUCAUCAAGCCAUUGUUAAGGUUGCUUUUAGACGUUGCAGAUUCACAGGGUAAUUAUUAAUUUACCCAAUUUACUGUGUUACUUAUACUGUAAAGAAUAUUCAGAACAAGAUUUAUAGAGGCGAUAUAAAUAUAAAACAAAAACCAUAAAAUGGACCACAAAAAAAAAAAAAAACUUUUGCCGUUGAAAACGCCAGACGAUGUGAUAUUUAGUCGCUUGAAGCACAUAAUGAUGUAUGUCCAUUUACAACUGGUCAAGAGAUUUGUUCUUGUUCUAGUCAAAACCUUUUAGCUAUAAUUUAAAGCUGACUGAUGAUUGAUCGGUUUCAGAAAUGAACAAUGGUGAGCUGGAGUUCAAGUUGGUAUUAGUUCUGCAUCAGAUUUGUAUUUGUAUCUCUCAACAAAGUCUCAUUUUAGAGAGUUUCUUCAGGUUAGUGUUGCAUCACUGUCUGUUGUUAUUCAAUACCCUUUUGUAAAUAUAGUGAUGUAUACCAUCCAAGCCCAGUGUUAUAUUAUUUUUAUAUUUAUUUAAUUGAAUCUUUAAGAAAUCCUUCAAAAAUGUAUUGUUAAAUGAUUAGUUUCCGGUGAAAGUUGACCUUAGGAAAAGCUUUUGUAAUUAUUUAUAAUUAUUGGUCAAUAUUAUUUAACUUUAUUUCAGCACUGAUACAGACCAUGGUCCAGCUCGGUUCCUCAUCUUCUCCCUUCUGAUUCCAUACAUACACCGCGAAGGUCCUGUAGGGCAGCGGGCCAGGGAUGCUCUGCUCCUCAUAAUGACGUUGUCAGCAAGGCAUCCCCACAUAGGCCAGUACAUUGCCAACAACUCAGACUUCUGUCCAGUAUGUAAUUCAUCUCAUGAGUCAGUUUUAGGGUAGCAUAAAUGUGGCUUAUUUAAGGAUCAGUAUAUCGCUCAGUUUAAAUACAGAAUAUGUCAUACUGCUAACAAUAUUUUAGUCUCAUAGCAAACAAUUGACUCCAGGUUCAGCUAGCUUGAUUUUUUUUCUUAACACAUCAGUUUUAUCCAGGAUUUAUUGGAUGAUUUUGGCAAAUUAUCACCAAAUCAAAAUAGUAAAUAAUUUGAAAGAGCUGGAGUAAAUUUCUGUAAAUUCUUCUUUUCUUAAUGAUAAAACUUUGCAUCAUCCAGGUGUUGGCCACAGGUCUGAGUGGCCUCUAUUCUUCACUUCCCCGUCGGAUAACACCGCCAUCAGAUGAGUGGUAUGCCAUCACCAGAGAAGAUUGUGUGCGCAUUCCUGAUUUGCAGAUGUUUCUCAAUUCCUUGCAGUUUUCUAAUGCUGUUGUUCAGGUAUCUUGACGAGUCAUCCACUUAAGUAUAAGAAAUUUGAUUGUUCAUUUUUUACAAACUAUAUUUAGCAGUUAUAGAUACAGUUAUCACACCAUUUUUCCCAAUUCAAGCUAUGAACUUUUAUUUACUUCACAGAUAGCCCACCCACUUGUUAGAGAUCAGCUGAUUCACUUCAUAUAUUCCGGCUUCCUUGUUCCUGUUCUUGCACCAGCCUUGCAUCAAGUAGGGUUCAUUUCUUCUUAGUCCUAAUAUUUCUACCAUACAAAUGGGCAUUGGCUAUGAUCAUAAUUUGACUAAAGAGUCCAGGGGUCCCAAAUUCAUAUAUACUCACAGGGCAGCAUGAGGCUAAUUUGAUGGUCUUAGGGUCACACACAUCUACAUUGUCAUUAUUAGCAGUUGUGUCUAAUGUAAUAGUGAAAAACAAAACAUUUUGCCAGUCGCAUGAGAAAGCUCAAAAGCCCAAAUCCUUUGAGUCCGAGACGCCCUGAUUUUGACAGUGUCAGUAUCCAAUAGUUUUAUGUUUUUUUAAUAAGGAAUGGUUUAGAAUUGUAUGAGUUAUCUGGGAUAUUUAUUAAUUCAUUCAUGAUGAUUUGGUUUUCUCUUAAAUUUGUAUCAAGAUUUCUUUAAUCACUCAGUCCAAAAUCAAAACUUUACUUAAAUAUCUUAUUUUGUGAUGCAAUAAAACUCCUUAAAUUGACUUUGUAUCAAAAUUGGCAAUAUAAUGGUAACCAACAAACACAUAUUUAUUUAUAAAGUAAAGCAAAAUUUCAAAAUUAAAUUGGGAAAAAGCAGUUUUGCCCCAGGUGAAAAACUAGAAAUUUUGAUACAAACUGGUAUCUCAAUGUCACAAUAAACUCACUAGAUUAUCAGUACUCUUAACGUAAUUAUUUAUUUAUUUAUUUAUAUAGUACCUGGUGUUGUCUAUAUAAUCUCAUAUUAUUUUACAUUUCAAUGUAAUGUGUAUACCUUUUAACUGCUUUUAAAUUGGGUCGUGAAAACAUAAUAUGUUUUACAGGCUAUACAUUAGAAUUAAAUUAUAAUACUGCUUCUUUUUUUGUAAACUUGUGAGCAUUAAAUAUUAAAAAAUUACUUAACUCUUAGUGUCUGUAGGUCAAAUCCAAUAUUUCAUAACUUUUCUAGUAAAAUUGCGAUAAAAAACAAAUUCCUUGCACGUUUGAAAAAUGUAAACACCGGAAGAGGAUGUGGAAAUUUUGAUUUGGACAAAAUACCAACAAAUUUAUAUAAAAUCCCAAAAUUAAAGAGUCACUAUGAAAUGCCACAUAGACUGGCUCACAUCAAGACAUGGCGGAAAGCCAGUUAGACCGGCACGUCAGAAUUUAAGAGUUGAAUAAAUGAGAGAGUUUAAGUUUUCUUCUGAUUUCUUAACAUUAACUGCCAAGUCCUGUUACUCCAAAAAUUUCAGUGACCAAUGGCAGAUAGAAAAAUUGUUGAUUGCUUGAGGAUUCAUAUCUACACAAAUGAUAAAGAAAUGAGUUUUCCAUGAAAUUACAACAUUAAGAACUUAACCAGCUCUAGAUGCUCCCAGCACCACCCUAUUACGAUUUAAACAAAAAUUCUUAAUAUAAUUACCACUGCUUAAUCCAAACCAACUUUAUUUUUUUAUUUUUUUUUAGAGCCAGUUACGUUUCCCUGUUAAUAAUAAAAAUUGGUGCAAGGCCUUGCGUGAUAUUUAAAUUACAUUUAUUUCCUUUUUAAAAAAAUGAAUUUAUUUUCAAACCAAUUAAAAUGUAGGAUAAAACAGUACAUACUAAUUGAUCAUAUUAUAUGGUAACUUUUUUUUUAAUGAUAAUAAAGUUGAAAUGUAGGCCUAUUACAAUGAGGUGUAUUAAAAUGCUUUAGCGAAUCUUAAGUGUGAUUUAAAUGCACAACAAUUUCUACAGCACAAACUUAAUAUUGCAUUCGUUUAUAAUUGAAAAAGUGAAAUUUAAUAUACCAAUGUUAAACAUUUUGAAAGAUACAUUUACAUUUCUGCACCAACUUGCUAAAUAAUUAAUUUUGCAACAUGGUGUUUUCAAAAAAGGUUAUAAAUAUGUUAAUAUCUGACAUAAGCCUAUCAAAUUUCAACAAUAGAACAAUAAGAACAAGAUGUUGCUGCAUAGUUUGUUGACAAAAACAAAAUAAUGAACACGGGACAGGAAAUUCAUUUUGCCCUAUGUCAUGAAUGCCUUAAAAAUGUUUCAUCUACUUAACACCUCACUCAUCCGUUGGCCACCAUUCUCUGAUCAAAAUAUGUUCUAAAUGACAGGAUAUUCCGGGUCUACCGAUACCAUUGCUAGACACAGAUUUGUUUCGGGUCAGUAGCAAUGCUGUUGGCUUGUUCUGCUAAUAGUUUUGUCAUGCAACAGGCAUCAGUGUUUGAUCUAAUCUCUUGCACAUUAUGUUUAUUUUUGGAAUAAUUACCUUGUCAUUUUAUUUCUUUAAGUUAACAACACAUUUCUACAAUGAAAAGGCUUUACCCAAUCUUUCAUGUUUUUUUUUUAUAACUUUGGUUGCCUCAAAUCUUUAUUUUUUUUCUUAAUAUGGUGUGCAUUCUUUUUUUUUGUUUUGGCUUACUAACAUGUAUUGUGAUUUUUUUUUGUGUGCUUCUUCUUAAUAAAUCCUUAAUGAAUUUGAAACAAUUUAAGUUAUCUAAAGAUUUAAACAAAAUUUUUUUUGUACAAGUUAAAAUUGAUUUUAAAAAAAAGGUAUUAUAUUGUGGAAUUUUGAUAUGUCGUAAUCUAUAUAUUUUGUAAACUAAUGAAAAACUCUGGGUAAUAAUAAUAAAAAUAAAUUUGUAUUUAAAUCAUUUAUAUUUGUCUUACAGAAUAAUGCCUGAUUAUUUAUUUUUAAGACUAAUAAACACUUGCUUCUUAUAUUCAAGAUAUUUCCCAUGCUACUUAUUUAUCUACUCAAAGCAUUAAGAAAUUAAAGGGCCUAAAGAUUGUGAAAAAAGUGAAAAAAAUUAUAUUUGUCUAUAAACAUUAUUAGCUGUCUAAAGAGGUACCAAUCAGAAAGAUAUAUCUAACUUUUAUCUGAAAUCUUCCUCAACUAAUUUUUUUAAAUUGACAUCCAUUCUUUUUCAUUAAAAAAAAUCUUUUACUUUUAUUUGAUAGUAAGUUAAUGCAGCAAGUUGUAGUGGACUGAUAGUAUUGACUGUGACCAUGCAAAUAGAAAAGCUUAUAUUUGCUAUCACUAGUUUUGUUUGGGGUAUUUCACGGGAUAUGGGAGUUGUCCAUUUGAUUGUGUAGCAAGCAAAGAUUUAUUAUUUUUUUAAAUAGAAGUUGCAUAUUCAUUUUACUAAACAUGGCUGGUUACAAAUUUAGUUUAAAUAGGAAAGCUGAAGACAUUUGUAAAGAAAAUCAAGUACUGUUUAUUUUACUUUGCUUUUGAACUCUAUCAUGCCAGUUGAAGGGCAAACCAGCUUUUAUUUUAUUUGAUGGUAAAAGGCCUUGAGAUUAUGAUUUUUAUUCAGUUUACUUAACACUAUCAGAUUUAAAUGAAUUAUAGUUUUGGUCUGACUUUUGAUUAUAAUGUUACAUUUUUAAUGUGAAAUUUCUUUUUUUUUUGAUGUAGUCAUAAUAGACACCAGGCCCCCUAAUAAAUAUUAGCAAAAGUAAUGUCACCACCCCCUCUCAAUUUUAGUGUUGUUAAGCUUGUAGUUGUGUGGAAAAAAGUGGAUUCUGGUAUUUGAGAGUAUUUAAAAAAUAAAAUUCAAGUUACUAUUAUAAUUUUUCAUGGAGUAGAAAAAGAUCUGUUCAAUCUUAGUAAAAUGAGUAAAACAGAGUAUGGUUAAACCUGAAAAAUUAAACGCAACAAAACAGCGAACGUGUCGGCAGAAAGCCUUCGUCAGCUGUAUUCAGUCCUUGCUACCAAUCUUAGGCAUGCUCUGUUACAGAAGAAAUGUUUGCACGGAACUGUAACGUUGUGGCAAUUUAGCUUAUUAACUUUUACUCUGCUUAAAUAGGAUUGAUAUUUUUAAAAUAAAUAUUUGUUUACCCUAAUUGAACAACAAUUUUCAGAGGAAAUCUAGUCAUAAAGAGGCAAUUAGUCACUUGAAUGAAAGCCCUAAAGUAACUUUAUUCCAAUACUAAAAUAGAAAAAAUCAAUAUUGAUGAAUUAGUUACAUUUAGGUCCCCAUCUGUGUGAAUCAAUUCAAUGGGUAUGUCUGCAAAGAAAAUGUAAAACAAUCCCAAAGUAUAUACCAAUCAUAUUCAUCAUUAACACUUAAUCACUGCUUUCAUUUCAUGGACAUUGUAUAAUAUGUGAUGCACUUGUCACAUUUAACUUCCCCUUGAGACCCACUUAGUGUUGCCCUGUACUUGUGUGUCACAUGUAUGCAUGGACUUCAUUAAACUGUGUUGACAUAUUCCUUCAAUAAUUUAUGGCAUCUCAAAAGCUGCUUGAAAUGAUUUAUUUAAAUAACACAGAGCUCUUGUAUGUAACCAGUUGCUUGUGUCAACAGAUUUCCAGAGAGGAGGUCAUGACGGCGACAGCCUACCUGGACCUGUUCAUCCGUCAUGUGACAGAUCCUCAUUUACUCAAGGCAACUCUGAAAUUUUUCCUGACAGAAAAAUAUGAUGAUGUUCUCAUUUUGGAAUCACUCUUGCCAAGGAUCAAUUCCAACUCUCAUGUAUGUCAUUCUGUGUGUUGAUCAUUUAGCCCGAGUCUUGAGACAAUAAAAAGUAAAAUUCUUUUAUAAACUGUUCAAGUAUUGAAAUCUAUAUUUCCUCUUUCAGUAUUCAGCAGCAUCCAAGUAAAUUGUUACUGUUGAAUUAAAUUGGGCAAUUAAUUGUACUGUAGCUUUUUUUUGUUACUGUAUGUUAAUGUACAUAUUGUUUUUAAAACACAUCUGUUGUUAUAAACAGCCAGUAGGACCUGCCAGGCUGGCGUUGGCAUAUAUUAACAUAAUAAUAAAAUAGUGCAAUUUAUCCCUUAAAUUUAAACAAGAUUUUGGGCUGGGGGAAAAAAAAAGGAAUAGCGUUUUUAAGUUACUUGUAUGUUGUUUGUUAAUUUGUAUGGAAAAAAAGACCAGUUGGAUUUGACAGUGAUUCACGGGUUGUUUUUUCUUCAGCUUUCCUCUGUGACCCUCUCCCUGUUUCACACACUGGUUAACCUGAACUGUGAGGAUGUCAUGUUUCAGCUUAUCUUUAGGUGAGUAACAUCAUAGGGAGGUAAGCGAUGAUUGCACCACUUUGUGGAAGUAGCAUUACCAGUUGGUAAAUUGUCCGUCUCAUCACCCUCAUGGUUACAUUAAAUUCUACUAUCAUUUGAAUGAGAGACAUUGAUUUGACCAAAGACUUUUCUCCCAUUUGAACUAUCCAUCUUAAAACCAGUGUGUUUUCCCACAGCAGCAGAAGGAAUUUUUGUAAAAAAAAAUUUUUUUCCCUAAAGUACUUGAUAUUAAUUCAUUUCAUCCACUACAUUUUACCAUUUUGAUUUAGCUCUUAUUUCUUUUACAAUUUUGUUAACACCAAGACAUGUCUGACAUUCAGUUUUAACAAACACAAGAACUUAAAUCAGUAGAAAGGAGACGUAAACAUUAUUGGCAACGAGUUAAAAGAUUUGGGGGAAAUGACUCUUCUAAUUACUGAUGAAUUUGUUUCUUUUCAUCAGGUACCUUGUGCCCUGCACCCACGUCAUGGUCAGCCAGCGUCUCUCCAUACGCGACCUCGACCUCUAUGGCAAGUCGGCAGAGAAGUUUCUCUCCUUGCGGCCAUCAUGCUGUAUUCAGUCCUUGCUACCAAAUCCACCCCCAAGUAUCACCCCCACACCCCUACCUCACCUUGUCAGCAUGAGCACCCCGUCACAAAGGUAUAGCAUUGAAGAUGGAUUUUGUGGUUGACCCACUUGAAAAGAAAACAUUUUUAAUGGAGCUACUGUGAAUUUCAAAGACCUUUUAAAAAAAAAAAAUGGAAGCCAAGUUAUUGCAUUGAAAAGUAUUAUCUUAUUGAAAAUGUGGUUUUUGGCAAGAGAGAUAAGAAGACUAAUUUCACAGUAACUUCAAUAAUUUAACACAUCCACAAGUUAUCGAUACAAGGAAAUAAGAAUUUAAAGCAUGUGUAAUUGAAUGUAGAGAAAAUACAGAUAAUUGAUAAAGAGUGGAUAAGAUAAUGUAAAUUAUCCUUGUGAAACUUGUUAAAGGAUUUUUUAUUUUAAAAUGACACUGCAGAAUACUUUUGAAUACAUCAGUUAUCUCAGUGCUUCACACUACAGAAUACUUUUGUAUACAUCAGUUAUCUCAGUGCUUCACACUACAGAAUACUUUUGAAUACAUCAGUUAUCUCAGUGCUUCACACUGCAGAAUACUUUUGUAUACAUCAGUUAUCUCAGUGCUCCACACUGCAGAAUACUUUUGAAUACAUCAGUUAUCUCAGUGCUUCACACUGCAGAAUACUUUUGUAUACAUCAGUUAUCUCAGUGCUCCACACUGCAGAAUACUUUUGAAUACAUCAGUUAUCUCAGUGCUUCACACUGCAGAAUACUUUUGUAUACAUCAGUUAUCUCAGUGCUCCACACUGCAGAAUACUUUUGAAUACAUCAGUUAUCUCAGUGCUUCACACUGCAGAAUACUUUUGUAUACAUCAGUUAUCUCAGUGCUCCACACUGCAGAAUACUUUUGAAUACAUCAGUUAUCUCAGUGCUUCACACUGCAGAAUACUUUUGUAUACAUCAGUUAUCUCAGUGCUCCACACUGCAGAAUACUUUUGAAUACAUCAGUUAUCUCAGUGCUUCACACUGCAGAAUACUUUUGUAUACAUCAGUUAUCUCAGUGCUCCACACUGCAGAAUACUUUUGAAUACAUCAGUUAUCUCAGUGCUUCACACUACAGAAUACUUUUGUAUACAUCAGUUAUCUCAGUGCUCCACACUGCAGAAUACUUUUGAAUACAUCAGUUAUCUCAGUGCUUCACACUGCAGAAUACUUUUGUAUACAUCAGUUAUCUCAGUGCUCCACACUGCAGAAUACUUUUGAAUACAUCAGUUAUCUCAGUGCUUCACACUACAGAAUACUUUUGUAUACAUCAGUUAUCUCAGUGCUCCACACUGCAGAAUACUUUUGAAUACAUCAGUUAUCUCAGUGCUUCACACUGCAGAAUACUUUUGUAUACAUCAGUUAUCUCAGUGCUUCACACUGCAGAAUACUUUUGUAUACAUCAGUUAUCUCAGUGCUCCACACUGCAGAAUACUUUUGAAUACAUCAGUUAUCUCAGUGCUCCACACUGCAGAAUACUUUUGUAUACAUCAGUUAUCUCAGUGCUCCACACUGCAGAAUACUUUUGAAUACAUCAGUUAUCUCAGUGCUCCAAACUGCAGAAUACUUUUGAAUACAUCAGUUAUCUCAGUGCUCCACACUGCAGAAUACUUUUGUAUACAUCAGUUAUCUCAGUGCUUCACACUACAGAAUACUUUUGUAUACAUCAGUUAUCUCAGUGCUCCACACUGCAGAAUACUUUUGUAUACAUCAGUUAUCUCAGUGCUCCAAACUGCAGAAUACUUUUGAAUACAUCAGUUAUCUCAGUGCUCCACACUGCAGAAUACUUUUGUAUACAUCAGUUAUCUCAGUGCUUCACACUACAGAAUACUUUUGUAUACAUCAGUUAUCUCAGUGCUUCACACUACAGAAUACUUUUGUAUACAUCAGUUAUCUCAGUGCUUCACACUACAGAAUACUUUUGUAUACAUCAGUUAUCUCAGUGCUCCACACUGCAGAAUACUUUUGUAUACAUCAGUUAUCUCAGUGCUUCACACUACAGAAUACUUUUGUAUACAUCAGUUAUCUCAGUGCUUCACACUACAGAAUACUUUUGUAUACAUCAGUUAUCUCAGUGCUUCACACUACAGAAUACUUUUGUAUACAUCAGUUAUCUCAGUGCUUCACACUACAGAAUACUUUUGUAUACAUCAGUUAUCUCAGUGCUUCACACUACAGAAUACUUUUGUAUACAUCAGUUAUCUCAGUGCUUCACACUACAGAAUACUUUUGUAUACAUCAGUUAUCUCAGUGCUUCACACUACAGAAUACUUUUGUAUACAUCAGUUAUCUCAGUGCUCCACACUGCAGAAUACUUUUGAAUACAUCAGUUAUCUCAGUGCUUCACACUACAGAAUACUUUUGUAUACAUCAGUUAUCUCAGUGCUCCACACUGCAGAAUACUUUUGAAUACAUCAGUUAUCUCAGUGCUUCACACUGCAGAAUACUUUUGUAUACAUCAGUUAUCUCAGUGCUCCACACUGCAGAAUACUUUUGAAUACAUCAGUUAUCUCAGUGCUUCACACUACAGAAUACUUUUGUAUACAUCAGUUAUCUCAGUGCUCCACACUGCAGAAUACUUUUGAAUACAUCAGUUAUCUCAGUGCUUCACACUGCAGAAUACUUUUGUAUACAUCAGUUAUCUCAGUGCUCCACACUGCAGAAUACUUUUGAAUACAUCAGUUAUCUCAGUGCUCCACACUGCAGAAUACUUUUGAAUACAUCAGUUAUCUCAGUGCUUCACACUGUAGAAUACUUUUGAAUACAUCAGUUAUCUCAGUGCUUCACACUGCAGAAUACUUUUGAAUACAUCAGUUAUCUCAGUGCUUCACACUACAGAAUACUUUUGAAUACAUCAGUUAUCUCAGUGCUUCACACUGCAGAAUACUUUUGAAUACAUCAGUUAUCUCAGUGCUCCACACUGCAGAAUACUUUUGAAUACAUCAGUUAUCUCAGUGCUUCACACUACAGAAUACUUUUGUAUACAUCAGUUAUCUCAGUGCUUCACACUACAGAAUACUUUUGUAUACAUCAGUUAUCUCAGUGCUUCACACUACAGAAUACUUUUGUAUACAUCAGUUAUCUCAGUGCUCCACACUGCAGAAUACUUUUGAAUACAUCAGUUAUCUCAGUGCUUCACACUGCAGAAUACUUUUGUAUACAUCAGUUAUCUCAGUGCUCCACACUGCAGAAUACUUUUGAAUACAUCAGUUAUCUCAGUGCUUCACACUGCAGAAUACUUUUGUAUACAUCAGUUAUCUCAGUGCUCCACACUGCAGAAUACUUUUGAAUACAUCAGUUAUCUCAGUGCUUCACACUGCAGAAUACUUUUGUAUACAUCAGUUAUCUCAGUGCUCCACACUGCAGAAUACUUUUGAAUACAUCAGUUAUCUCAGUGCUUCACACUGCAGAAUACUUUUGUAUACAUCAGUUAUCUCAGUGCUCCACACUGCAGAAUACUUUUGAAUACAUCAGUUAUCUCAGUGCUUCACACUGCAGAAUACUUUUGUAUACAUCAGUUAUCUCAGUGCUCCACACUGCAGAAUACUUUUGAAUACAUCAGUUAUCUCAGUGCUUCACACUGCAGAAUACUUUUGUAUACAUCAGUUAUCUCAGUGCUCCACACUGCAGAAUACUUUUGAAUACAUCAGUUAUCUCAGUGCUUCACACUGCAGAAUACUUUUGUAUACAUCAGUUAUCUCAGUGCUCCACACUGCAGAAUACUUUUGAAUACAUCAGUUAUCUCAGUGCUUCACACUGCAGAAUACUUUUGUAUACAUCAGUUAUCUCAGUGCUCCACACUGCAGAAUACUUUUGAAUACAUCAGUUAUCUCAGUGCUUCACACUGCAGAAUACUUUUGUAUACAUCAGUUAUCUCAGUGCUCCACACUGCAGAAUACUUUUGAAUACAUCAGUUAUCUCAGUGCUUCACACUGCAGAAUACUUUUGUAUACAUCAGUUAUCUCAGUGCUCCACACUGCAGAAUACUUUUGAAUACAUCAGUUAUCUCAGUGCUUCACACUGCAGAAUACUUUUGUAUACAUCAGUUAUCUCAGUGCUUCACACUACAGAAUACUUUUGUAUACAUCAGUUAUCUCAGUGCUUCACACUACAGAAUACUUUUGUAUACAUCAGUUAUCUCAGUGCUUCACACUACAGAAUACUUUUGAAUACAUCAGUUAUCUCAGUGCUUCACACUGCAGAAUACUUUUGUAUACAUCAGUUAUCUCAGUGCUCCACACUGUAGAAUACUUUUGAAUACAUCAGUUAUCUCAGUGCUCCAAACUGCAGAAUACUUUUGUAUACAUCAGUUAUCUCAGUGCUCCACACUGUAGAAUACUUUUGAAUACAUCAGUUAACUUAGUGCUCCACAAGCACUGGCCUAUCCUAAAAAUGUUCCUGAUAUUCUAUUGUUUAUUAAAAUUUUUUCCUACUCUCAAGGGAUGCAUUUAGUAUUUACAUUGAAAAGGACCAACCACCUGCUGCCUGUGGGAGGCCCAUUCAAAUAGAUAGGUUUCUUUCUUUUUUUUUAAGGUCAUAUCCUGGGGAAAAUCAGAAAAUGUAAUGUUCUCUUCAGUUUAAUGAAAGAUUAUUGAUCCAUUGAUUACUCUAAUGCAUGUUUGAUGCAGUGGCCAAGGGAACUUAUUGCCCCCUUAAAAAUUGAUUUUUUUUUUAUAGUCUUAAUGGCAAGUUGAUAAACCUGUGACCUUAUUUUACCUCCCAAUCAAUACAGUUAAAUAGUCUUCUCUCAUAAAAUUUGCCUAUCCGGUACACAUGAGUGUAUAGCCACAGGAACACAGCUUUGAACUUGUUAAGAUCGAUGUACAUUUAAUGUCAUCAUGACAUCAUUAUCAUUUGUUGUCUUUAAUGUAAACCAUCUUAGAAUUCAACAUGAGUAAAAAAAACAACAAAAUCAAUGUUUUUUAAAGACAGUUUUUAUUAAAUGAACAUAAAUUUCAGCAUAGUGGCAAUAAGGGAUGGUAACUAAUGGCAGCCACAGUGCUAGGCAAUGCACCUGGUCUUAUUUGAUAUAAAAAUGGUCUCUUAGCCGGCUAUUCAUUUUAAGACAGCUGUUAUAAAUUCUAAUGCCCACAUGUCAUUUCAGCUGAUUUAGAAUAAAUUAUUUUAGUCGGACAUUUAAAAAACAUAUUUGCUGAACACAAAAUGGCAGAUGCAGAGGGGGUGCACCAAAGCACAUGCACCUGUGACAAUCAUUUUAAUACAUAUAGACACUGCACAGGAUUGAGGAAGAUGCAAUGUAGAGUUAUGGUCUGGCUGUAUCACGGUGCACCAACAUAUCAUGAUCAGGCAGUGUGUGAUAGUGAGCAAGUUUACCAUGAGGCCAAGACAUACCAUGGUGGAGAGCACCAACAUAUCAUGAUCAGGCAGUGAGUGAUAGUGAGCAAGUUUACCAUGAGGCCAAGACAUACCAUGGUGGAGAGCACCAACAUAUCAUGAUCAGGCAGUGUGUGAUAGUGAGCAAGUUUACCAUGAGGCCAAGACAUACCAUGGUGGAGAGCACCAACAUAUCAUGAUCAGGCAGUGUGUGAUAGUGAGCAAGUUUACCAUGAGGCCAAGACAUACCAUGGUGGAGAGCACCUUUUCACUGUGCACAGUGUGCCAUGCUGCACCCCUUGUCAUUAAUCUGAAUGUGCAACAUUUCACUGUGCACAGUGUGCCAUGCUGCACCCCUUGUCAUUAAUCUGGAUGUGCAACAUUUCACUGUGCACAGUGUGUGCCAUGCUGCACCCCUUGUCAUUAAUCUGGAUGUGCAACAUUUCACUGUGCACAGUGUGCGCCAUGCUGCACCCCUUGUCAUUAAUCUGGAUGUGCAAAUGUCAGGAUGUUACUCUAGAACUUUAUAAACUGCUAUCCCUCUUGGUAUAAUCCAUUAGCAUGCAGCAUGUCGACUCCUAAUUCCAUAAUUUGUAUGUGACUUCCUUGUUAUUCAUUUGGUUAACUGUACUUAAAGUAGUUAUUUAUAUAUAUAUAUAUAAAUCUAAUAUUAUGUAUAUUUGCAUUUGUAUUUUUUAAAAUAUUGACACCAGACUUCUAACCUUUUGACUAAAGAUAAGUUCAUUUAGUGAAAAUAAAGUGUUCUCAUUAUGGACUUCCCGUUACGCGAAGAGAAUUGUUGGUAAAAAUAUAUCCCAGUUGAUUGGUUCUUCAUUGGCAAAUUUUAACAUUCCCUUCAUCGUACCAUUCACUCUAACCACCAUUCCUUCAGAUUGUGGACCUUUGUAUUUCAAUAUCAUUUUUGGGAACCCUCCACUAGAGUAAAUUUCUUGAAUAAAUAUCUUGUGUUGUUAUAUUUUUCAAUGGAAUGGCUUCAGUAACUCACUUUGAAAAUGACGAGGUUCACCAAUCCUGGGUGAAGGCCCCCAAUGCCCAGGCCGUACGAUUGAGUUUUUCGUGUACAAGUUCAUACCCAUAAUCACAUUAAAACUGAACACAGGUCCUAUUCCAAGAACUGAGUAAACUUUAAUCCGAGCUAUCUAUCAUCAGAUUGUACAAGAAUUCAAACACGUUAUUAUGUAUAGCGCAGCAUGCUCAAUAAGCACAUUACAACCUUUCUACACUCGGCUCAGAUGGCAACUGCAAACGAUAGCACAUACUCAUUAAAGGACAUUAACACAUGCAGUUAGUUAUGUUAGGCUGCAACAUGAAACUUCCUAGACCUGUUCGUCAAUGACCGUUCAAGUUUGACAGCAUGCACUGAAUUUGUGGGAAGUGAAAGGCCAAACAUGCAUUUGAGACCCAGGGCAGGUUCCCUACAAUCACCAAUAUCUUUUUAUUUUGGUCUGUUUCUUUUCAAGGGUAUCUCAGAUCUUCCCAUUACAGCACAGUCCUUAAUGUCAUGGGGGGGGGGGGAAGGGGGGACUGGGAGACAAUGGGUUGAUGUCAUGAAGUGGGCUAAAGUAAUGAAGUACUGUGCAAUAAGUCUAACAAGGAUAGACUACUCUGAACUAUUUUACAUUUCUUUUGUUUGUGUCACCUUAUAUUUUCUUGUUAGAUAUCAGCUCAACACACCAUGAAUUGUGAACAUGUAUUAUUCUUUAUCCUAGGAUAACUUAAGUGUAAAAAUUAAAGGAUAAUUUGAUAAUCUAUGUGGCAUUUAAGUUUAAGGGACAACUGUAGGUAUAGCUAUAAGCCAAUGGUUUGUGGAUUAAGCCAAAGGGAAAAUUGCAUUGCUUAAUAUAUGUACAGACAAGAAACUAAAAACUUGAAGGCACAUUUUGUUUUUCCACUAGAUUUUUUCUUCUUUCUUUACCUCAUUCGUAGGUCGACCUCUGUAAAUAGCCCACCACCAAACUUUGGGCACCACUCAUCACCCCAACCUCCGCCUGAACAGACCAGUGGCCAGCAGCACGGGGAGUCCAGCUAUUUUGAAUACCUUCAUGACGCGCGUAACAAAAUUGAACAGACGGCCUGUGCGUGUCAGCACUGGACUUUUGUCUACGACGGUGAAAGCCCACCACCGGAUAGCAUCAAAACGGCUGAUAAGUCAGCGGCCAGCAGCUCCCAGCAGGUCAUCGCAGGGAAAGAUGUUGAGGCUAAGCCCAAGACAGGAUUUAUAGAACUGGGAUCCAUUCACGCAUCUGACGUGGAGGGAGGAAGAGCAUCAAUUGAACGAACCGGUCAGGGGCUGGUAGGAACAACUGGUGAAAGUGCCAAAGAAAAUGAUUUGCUACCUGUGGAAAAGUGCAAUUUGGUCAAGGGGGAAAAUGAGAAGUCUUUAAAUCCAAAGCUGUAUGCUAGUCUUGAAAGCAUGGAUUCAUUCAUUGAUUAUUUGUCCGAUAUUGAGGACUCUGGUGAGGGGAGUGCGUCUAUGGAGGACAGUUUGAUUUCAUUGGAAGUUGCUCUAGAAUCUGUGGUGGCUGGACAGCCCAGCAAAAAUGUGAAACGGGACACCAAACCUACGUCCUCUGAGUCUAAACAUGCAGGACCCGGCGCUGCUGGCAAGUCGGAGAUCCCUGUAAAUAUUUUAUCCCCUACAGUGCCAACAGAUGUAGCAAGCGCUGGACCCACAGCAUCAAACAGCAACUCAGUCAGUGGACUGGUAGCACGUGGUGACAACUGCAACGAGUUGAUUACCACAACCAAGCCAGAAGCUGUUCCCCCAGUUGUCAAGAAAGAACGCAUUGUGCCAAAAGACCUGCCAAAGAGCCUAAAGUCCAACAACAUGAAUCCCUUGUACUUAAUGUCUACAAAACAGUUGCUGAGCCCGGGAGACGCAGUGUCACCCUUCAGGUCAAAUUUUUCAGCCAAUGAUGAGUUCUUUGCCAUGGUGCCAAACAGCUCAGCUCCUAGGAAACAGUUAAAAUACUCAAAUGAGUCUCCAAAUAUAGGUAAGUUCUGGCUAAAAUUGGGCCCAUGUAAUAUUUGUUUUGUUACAUUUACUAAAUUUAGUCUAGUUGAGGUGUUUUUGGGAGUCUCUUGUUGAUUUGCCUAUCAGUACGCAUAAAAUGCUGAAGUUUCUGGGUGAUGCAGUAGAAACACAAAUAUCUGGGCAUUUGUCAUUAAGGUAUUGGUAAUCAACACUUUUGGUUAUCUAGAGUUUUAGUUUGUGAACCAGAAAUAUACAAUACUCACCCACAUGUGAAGGAAGCAUUUUUCACACUAUUUUGACUUAAAUUAAAUACAAAGUCAUAAAUUUCACAAAAAUCAUUUUAGAUAGUAUACAAUUUGUACAUUAGACUUUUAACUCCAAAACCCUGAGCUGAAGUAACUGCACCAUUGACAGUUUUAAUUUAUCAUUAGCCUCAAUGAAGUAAAAAGUUCCAACCACAUUUCAGGACCUUUCCUUGGCUUUCUGCUGUCCAGAUUAGAAGGCAUGCUCGGCAACUCUCUUUACUUCAAUCUUCUACUGACCGAUGUGCUUGCCAGGCUUGCUGCCUACCCACAGCCACUGCUGCGGUCAUUUCUACUUAACCACAACUUGGUGUUCCAGCCAUCAGUUAAAUCUUUAAUACAGGUGAGUUGCUGCAUAAUAGGACCAGGGAUUUCUUAUUUUAUUAUUUCCCUUACUGAAGAACUAUAUGCUACACUCAAACUGUUUCCCAGGUGCUGUCAUCACUGAGACAAAAACUGGAGAGCUUCUCUGUGACAGUGAAACAGUUUAAUGUCAUGGUCAGCAUGGCCCGUCAGAACCUGGCGCUGCGAGAGGAGCAGGUUUUUCAGUCAUUUGAGCAUGGUGUCCUGGGCACACCCACCAACAUCCCGAUUCCAGUCCAGCCUGUGAGGACAAGGGCAGAAACUGUGACAGCUGCUCCAGCAAGUAAAGGUAAUGUUGGUGAAUGUUGUUUUUAUAAUGAGACUCCAAUCUUAAGUGAGUCACAGGUUAUUAUUUUCUGUUUAAAGAUUUUAGAGCCUGUCAUCUCUAUAACAAUAUGUUAUCAAUAUUAUAUGUUUUAGAGUAAAAAGACGCCUCAAGAAGGUUUCAAUGACAACUUGAAAACAGAAAGGCAAUGGUCAUAAACUACAUUAAACAUUUAUUUAAUAAACAUAACAACUUAUUGUCCUCUGUGCAAGGAGAGCAAGGGAGCCUGUAGACUGAAUAACAGAGAAUUGUAGUUGUUGUGAUAGCCUGGUAUUUCCUUGUGAUUUUGAUUAGACAGGUGGCACCCAUGAUUUUUUAAUUAAAAUUUUUGGUUUAAAAAAUGUGAACCAUAUGAGAGCAUAUACAGUAAGCUGUGAAAGUGUUACGGAAAAUCCUUUUGGAAAUAUCUUAUUUAUUUUGUUUGUUUGGAUAUUUUAAAAUAAUUUUGAAUGUUAUUUUAACUGUCUAGUAUAUAUAUAUAUAUAUAUAUUAUUUUAAGUAAGUUUCUAUUUUUAGACUGUAUAAUUUAUAUGUUGUUGUGCCUUUACUGAAAUGUGUAAUAAAAUAUCUCAACAUUUAAUUUUCCAGAGAAGAGGAAAGUCAAUCUGAGUGAAUUAUUCUUCCGACGAACUCCCAGCAAAGACAAACUGGCCUUGGGGGCUAAUAAAAAUUUAGCACACCUACAUCGUUUACAGGUAUUGAGAAAAUUAAAGUAAAUUAAUGCAAUACAUUUUUACUCUUAGCACUUGUCACAGAACACGUAAAACAAGAAGUGUUAUAUAUUUCACUGUUUUAGUGCAACUACAAACUACUAAGGAAGUAGCUAGAGAUUGUUUCUCUGUGGUUAAAUUUAAAAAGAAUAAGUAAUCCUUAUAAUCCCUAGUGCCAGUUAGUAAUUUCGUUAGCGAUGCACAUUAUACUGUUAAUUUGGUAUUGAACUGGCUCUGGCAUUCUGGCCCAACUGAGCAUAUUCUUCAGAUACUUAACUAUUCUUAAAAUCCUGUCACAAAGUUGUUUCUCCUUUGUCUGCCGCCCAGGUCGGUGGUGACGGAGGCUACCGUUACAUCAGCGGUCAGGACCCCGCUGAUUCCAACCACAGACCUGUAGAGAGCAUGGGCCACUCCCUGUCGACAUGGAACGCUGUUUACUGCGCUUUGAUACUGGAUGAGUUCCUGAAAGAGUUGGCCGCUCUGUCCCAGGAACAUUCUCUGCUCCAUCUGGAUGAAGGAUAUCUUAGUGGUUAACUCUGUGUAACUUGUAAUUGUUAUUUAUAUUUUAAACUAAUGGAGAGGAAUUUGGGCGCGCGGCUGAAUCGGCCAAAGUUUUGAAAAUUAGUCAUGCUUUCACUGAAAAGUUUUAGUUGUACCAAUUUUAUUAAAAUCCAUUUUUCAUUUUCAAAUAUUUUUAAUAUAAUUUAAUAUUAGCUACAAGUCAACUUACUUUUUAAAAAAUUUCAAUUUUUAAUGUACAUUUUCUUUUCUUAUUACCACUCUGUGAUUAGUAAAUAUUUAAUGUUAGUCGAUCAAAGUAUGUUUUUAAAUGCCUAGUUUAAGGUAUGAUAUUUUGUUACUUUAUCAUAAAAUAGAAUUAUAAAUAAUGCUAUAUGUUUUAUGCAUUUAUGAUCGUGGACAAUAUGCCAAUGUGGGUUGUUUUAAAAGUAUGGAUAACCAAGCAGCAAAUCAUCUUGUGCUAUUAAAAAUUUUAACACAAAUUGUAUAUAAACAAAUAUUUUAUAUCUAUAAGUUUAACACAGUAGUCCAUAGAUGUGCAUAGAUUUUAUUAUUAUUAUUAUUAUUACAGUGGUCUUAUAUAGCCUAGUCUAGCUAUUUCUUACAGAAAUAUUUGCUUUUUCUAUAAUUCUGACAGGAAAAUGUUACUCCAUAAAAAAGUGUAUUAUUUUAUUUUUGUUAUCACAUAGAAGAUCAGAAACCUGUAUGUGUACCCGCAAGGUCUAUGACUUGACUUAAAGUAACCAUAAAAAUAUUAAUACGAUAUUUUCCCUGUAAAAUAAUAGAUGUAAUCAAAAUUUACUAUUUAAAUGAUGAAAAUGUACCCAAAGUUCAUGACUUAAUUUAUAAUUUACACGAAUGUGAUUGAUUUAGUUAAGUGGUGGGUGAAGCAGGCAGUAAACCACAGCUUGAGAAGGGUUGAAAUUCCCAUUCAACUCAUUUGAUACUAACUGAUGGUGACUUACCAAUGAUGUCUUUGUCCAGUGUGUCACAAGUGGCAUAGUCAUGAUUAGUAAUGUGCAUCUAUUUUUUGUGUCCCAGUUGGCAAGUGCACCUUUUAUACUGGUGCAUGUGUAAAUCUCUGAGAUGUUAUGCUACAUAUUUGUAUGUAAAUAUUCAAUUGACUGAGACUAAUUUAAGGCCACUUAAACUUUCAAAAGACUUGACCCUUUGAACCCUUGGCACCUGGUCAUAAAUACCCAUGUCCCUGGGCUACAGGGGAAAAUUUACAAAUACACACAAGCAAACAAAUAUCCAUAAUUAUAAAAUUUUAUAAAUAAUACUUAUUUCAAUCUAAAAUUGUCUGUUAGUAGUCCAUGACUGUAAUAAAUGUAUUACUGGGAGAAUGUUGUCUUAGAAUCUGUGUAGAUAGCAUAGGAGGUUGUCACUUUCAAGUCCCUGACUUUUCUUAAAAACUAGGUCCAGGACUAGGGGUACACGUGUAAGACACACAUUGCACCACCAGCACUUGUUGAAGUCUAAAGAUUAUCACAAUCAUUGUCUGUUUGCUUUUAUUACAAUCCUUUUUCAAGACAUAAAAAUCCUCUGAGUCAUUGACACCAUCCACCUGCUCUGGUUUUAGUUCUUUAGAGUUUACAUUUUUGCAUUUUCAUCCCCUCAAUACCGUACAUCAAAACAUAACAAAAACAAUGCAUCCACGGCUGUUGCCGGUUACUCUAUGACCUUUUGCAAGUCAGGCGGUACACUCUCACUUCGUAAUCUAAAACACUUAUACAGGCUGUCAAUCUAGGGUAAUGUACGGGUGACUGAAACUGCAAUCUUGCGUGUAUGGAUUUUAACACACCCACUGAUAAUGCAGAAUCACGGAUUCAAAGGGUCAAGGCUGACCCCCCUGACACAAGAGUUUUGAAACUAAACAUUUCAGCCAAAUAAUUGCUUUUAACCAUGUUCUUAACAACUACUUUAUUUAUUGAAGUUGACCUAAUAUAUUUAAAGUCAGUUUCCUAAAGUAAUGUCAUGUAAAAUAAAAUGAAGUUUAAUUGAAACAGUUUUUUUUUUAUAACUCACCCUGUACUCCUCAAGCGAAUAUAAUUCUGUUUUAUUUGAGGAUUCAUCCAGGUAUUAAAAUGCAUAUUUUUACACCAGGGAGCCUUACAAAACCAGGUGCUACAGCCUUGGCAUUUCAUGUCAUGUCAGUGUUUGACAUUGUCAUGUGCGUUCUAAUAUUUCAUGUCAGUACCGGUAUUUGCAAAUGUCAUGUUGCUUAGUAUUUCAUGUCAUGCAAGUUUUUGAAGCUGUCAGAUGUGCUCUUAUACUUUUAGCUGUAAAUGUUUAUAUUUAUUCAUAUAUAUUUAAGAGGGCAUUAAGGUUGAGAGUUAAUAGCUUGUUAAGGGCCAUCCAUAUAGUAUGUACCCACUGAAGAAAAAGGGUGGGUUUGUCUCAGCAGAAGGUACAUACAUUUAUUCAGAAAUUCUAAAAUAAUCAUCUUGAAACUCUGACAGUCCAAAAAAAUACAACAUAUUUGUAUCUCUAAUGCUGUAAAAACAUCAUGCAAUGUUUCAUUGAGAUUACCAUCAUAAUGUUGCCUCGUGUUUUCAGAAACGAACUCGCUUGAUAUAGCUCAAAUAGUAGUCAGUAGUAGAGGUAUUACCGUAAUAUUUAGUCCACCAUAUGUUCAACGUGCGCGUGUCGUUUUUUUUUUUCCCACCCGGCUCAACCAGUGGUUCCUAAAAUUUUUAAAUUCCUGACAUCCUUGCCAAAUUUUGGUCUCACGAGGCGCCCUGUGUUCAAUUUUGAAAUAGUGAAUUCAUACACAAAAUACAAUCAAAGAUUGGGGAAGUAUAAAUAAAACACAUAUGUGGGUCAUUAAGCAACAUCUAGUAACUGCCAAUAGUAGCUACUCAAGAGAUUGCACCAGGACUGCUAGAUGUCACAUUGGAUUACAAGUAGAAAUAAAAUUAUGUAAUAUUUUGUGGCGCCCCUGUUAACAGAACAGGCCUAUUCCAAGGAAAAGCAGCACCUGGGAUGAAGCUAGAAAAUGGUGCCCCUUUAUUAUAGAAAAAGUGCAGGGUGGGGGGGACCUGUAAAAAGACCAUUUUUGGAUACCCUUCUUUGUGAAGUAAAUGGGAUUUUAUAGUUUUAUUCACUAUUAACGUCAUAUCUAAAGAUGAUUUUGGUGCCCUCUUUGCCCCAUUCUCAUGGCUCUGCUCGAGGGAAAUGUGGGCCCAAAAGGGAAGGGGAUAUUAUGGGAUCCAAUUUGCUCGCCAAACAGUCAGAGAGAUGAAAACGGAAAACAUUUUUUAACAUUUCUGUUAUUUCAUAUUUAUAAAUUAUUUAGUGAAUAUAGGCUUGGGGGUUGGUUCUCAAAAGUUUUUGCAUGCAACCCGAGGAGGGGGUUAAAAUUUGAUUAUUUUGGCGUACGUAUGAUAUGGAUGGUCCCUUAUUUUGGGUUUGGCACAGUGUAAAGAUCCCUAAUUGUUCAACUAAACAUUCUUCAUUGUAUGACUAUAGGAAAUAAGACACACCUGCGUUCUGUAUCAAUUUUAGAUUGUAUUUGAACCAGGCGACCCAAUACAGUUUGUAUUUAAUUAAGCCAAUGCCAAGCCAAAUUAAUGUUGUCAGUAUUGUUUGAGAAUGAGAGUUUUUGUGAGAAUGGUUGCAUGCAUCCGGUAUGUCAGGACUUAUCCAGUCAGGGCUUAUCCUGUCAGGGCUUAUCCUGUCAGGGCUUAUCCGGUCAGGGCUUAUCCUGUCAGGACUUAUACUGUCAGGGCUUAUCCGGUCAGGACUUAUACUGUCAGGACUUAUCCUGUCAGGACUUAUUCUGUCAGGACUUAUCCAGUCAGGGCUUAUCCAGUCAGGACUUAUCCAGUCAGGGCUUAUCCUGUCAGGGCUUAUCCUGUCAGGGCUUAUCCUGUCAGGGCUUAUCCUGUCAGGGCUUAUCCUGUCAGGGCUUAUCCUGUCAGGGCUUAUCCAGUCAGGGCUUAUCCAGUCAGGGCUUAUCCUGUCAGGGCUUAUCCUGUCAGGGCUUAUCCUGUCAGGGCUUAUCCGGUCAGGACUUAUCCAGUCAGGGCUUAUCCUGUCAGGGCUUAUCCUGUCAGGGCUUAUCCUGUCAGGGCUUAUCCGGUCAGGACUUAUCCGGUCAGGACUUACACUGUCAGGACUUAUCCUGUCAGGACUUAUUCUGUCCGGACUUACCCAGUCAGGACUUACAGUCAAGACUUACCAGUCAACAAUGUGCCUAAAACAGAAUCUGAGUCAUUUAUCAUUUCAUAUUCAUCAUUAAGUUCAUAACUUCGAGAAAAACAUGACCAUUUCAAAAUGCUCUGCGUGGUGGCUACCUUUUUAUUUUAUUCUAGAAAUGUUGUGAACAAACUUCCCCUGCUAUCUGGAGAUGGUUUUAUGAAACUGUAUGCAGCCAGCAUCAUUUUUAGUCGUGAGCAUAAGAGCAGACCUGUUUACUCUUACGAAUUUGGCGUACAAUGUACGAUUUUGAGGUGUAUACAUGUUUAUUUUUUUCACUAUUAAGAUAGUGUAUUGAACGAUUUUGUGAUGAUAUUGUACGAUUUUAAGAGUUUGAGGGUAAACAUGUCUGUAAGAGUCAAGAAUUUAGACAAAUAACUGUGUAUUGUUGCACAUGUUAAAGUGGUGCAGUUGAAUGCAGUCCCUUGGUUCUAGUUUGAUGUGAAUCAAUGUAAGAACCAGUUACUUAUUUUACCUACAUAUGAAAGAAAAAUACCAAGAAGAUGAUUGUGUGUGUGUGUUAAUGUGUUCAUGGAUCAGUUCUGAAUGUAUACUUAUAAGCCAGCAGUGGGUUUUUUUCAGAAAUUUUCGGGG